GCGCGCGCUCGCCCCGGACGCCGGCCGGCCGGCCGCCAGCCAGCCUGAGCGAGCGGCCCGGGGCGUCGAGGGGGCCCGCGCGGCGCGCCAGGCGCCGCCGCCCUGGCCGCCAUGUGCUCCCAGCUCUGGUUCCUGACGGACCGGCGCAUCCGCGAGGACUACCCGCAGGUGCAGAUCCUGCGCGCCCUCCGGCAGCGCUGCUCCGAGCAGGACGUGCGCUUCCGGGCGGUGCUCAUGGACCAGAUCGCCGUCACCGUCGUCGGCGGCCACCUCGGCCUGCAGCUGAACCAGAAGGCGCUCACCACUUUCCCCGACGUGGUGCUCGUGCGGGUGCCCACCCCCUCGGUGCAGUCGGACAGUGACAUCACAGUCCUGCGCCACCUGGAGAAGCUGGGCUGCCGCCUGGUCAACCGCCCGCAGAGCAUUUUGAACUGCGUCAACAAGUUCUGGACGUUCCAGGAGCUGGCUGGCCACGGGGUUCCCAUGCCAGACACCUUCUCGUACGGUGGGCACGAAGACUUUUCAAAGAUGAUCGAUGAAGCUGAGCCCCUGGGCUACCCGGUCGUGGUGAAGAGCACUCGAGGACACCGGGGAAAAGCUGUUUUUCUUGCCAGAGAUAAACAUCACCUCUCGGACAUCUGCCAUCUGAUCCGCCAUGACGUGCCCUACCUGUUCCAGAAGUAUGUGAAGGAGUCACACGGCAAAGACAUCCGGGUGGUGGUGGUAGGGGGCCGGGUGAUAGGCUCCAUGCUUCGCUGCUCCACUGAUGGACGGAUGCAGAGCAACUGCUCCCUCGGCGGUGUGGGUGUCAUGUGCCCACUGACAGAGCAAGGCAAGCAGCUGGCUAUUCAGGUGUCCAACAUCCUGGGCAUGGACUUCUGUGGCAUCGAUCUCCUCAUCAUGGACGACGGCUCCUUUGUGGUGUGUGAGGCGAACGCCAACGUCGGCUUCCUAGCCUUCGACCAGGCGUGCAAUUUAGAUGUGGGUGGCAUCAUCGCAGACUACACCAUGUCCUUGCUGCCCAAUAGGCAGACUGGCAAGAUGGCCGUCCUCCCGGGACUGUCCAGUCCCAGGGAGAAGAAAGAGCCAGAUGGCUGCGCUUCAGCUCAGGGAGUUGCAGAGAGCGUCUACGCCAUAAACAAUGGGUCUACCUCUAGUGAGAGUGAGCCUGAACUGGGAGAGAUCCGGGAUUCCUCAGUGAGCACAACGGGGGCCCCGCCCCCCAUGCUGCCCGAAGCCGGCUACAACAUUAACAACAGGAUUGCUUCCGAAUUAAAACUUAAGUGAAUUCCUGCUUUUUGGCAGCAUUUAAACCAAAUCCUACUGCUUCCUUAUAGUUUUGAGUGAAUAAAAUCUGGACUAAUGUGAUUUCAUUUGCACAGAAACUAGAAAAUCCCAUCUGGGCACUCAGCAUUCUUUCUAACGAUGAUUUAAGCAAACGGCUUAGCUUUGUGGUUUUUACAGAGACUAAUACAAAAACACUCACCAAGAGCAACAUCCCGAGCGGUCGGCUGGAGACCAGGGUCUGCCGCGAGCACUUGGAUGCUACGGCUGCCUCUGAAGGCGCUGACUGUGCUGCUGCCUCUGGCUGUUACCAGCAGAGCCCAGGAACUCAGAACAGGUCCCGGAAGCCGCUGCACUCAGGAGCCACCACCCGGUGGAGGGGGGCUGUGGAAGAGACGCAACGCGACUGCACUAAUGAGCUCUUCACCAAGUGUGUGUGUGUGUGAUGCUUGAAGGAUACGCAGUUCAGUCUCUGCUCCCCGUCAAAUCACCAUCUUGGCCAUAUUUCUCUGACACUCAGGAUAUGGUGUUUUAGGGAGCUUCCUCAUUAGCAUUUUCGAUGAAGCACUUUGUAGAAAGUUUGAGAGCGAGCGUUAUCUGACAUCACCGGUUGGCAGAUCUCCUGCUGCGGAACUGGGGCUUUCUACAAAUUGCUUUGCCACGCUGAACUUACAGACCCUGCUUCAACUAAUGCCAGCCCCAGCAGCCUCUUGCACCUUUGCUGCCUUUGGCCUCAGCUGGAAAUGCACUUCAAUGAGCUAGUGGCCACACACUUUAUUUCUUACACGUGCACUAGAAUCGAAUGCCAUGAACUUUCUUGUCAGUGGACUCUGUUCAUUUGUCAUCCAGAAGCCGGUGGGUUUUUAAUCACAGAAAGCUACUGGAAGAUAAUCAUUUCCCCUUCUCUGCUAAACUUUGUGUACUGCUUAGCUCUAGAAGGUUUCCUUGAAUGUACUGGUGUAGUGGGCCUGUUGGGUGGAUAGAGCCAUUGGAAACACAUUCUAAUCGCCUUGACAUUCUAGUCCCGGCCAAGUUCCCGAGACCUGUCUUUCCCCACUUUUUCCAAACCGGGGAGACUCAGGAAUUACUCACUGCACCUUCAGCGGGAGGGCAGUUGGAUAAUGUAGGCGGGACACCAAGUGCUUUUCAUUUUAACUGUUUAAGCAGUAGAUAAUGAUCCUUCCCUUGGGUGACAUCGUGGAGAUGGAGUUUUCCAUUUCUGCCUAUGUGAAGUAUGAGAAUGAGCAAGACUCCCUUUUCAGCCAAAUACACUAAAAUGUAAGCACUCAAGAGUUACCAUAAUCCUUGUCAUUUCCUUAGGAGACUAUACUCUUGAGCUGUGAUGUUGCAUGUGCCCAGGACUGAUAGAAGUCCUCUUUGGAAUUAUCUCUGAGGUCUUGCAAGGCAAGAGGCCUCACAGUCUUAUAAUCAGACUUCAGUUCUCACACCACCCCUCCCCAGAGGUGGUCCCAAACUCUGUCAUCCUUUUUAUUUUUCAGACUUACCUUCUAAUACUCUUUGGCUAUUAAAAAAAAAAAAAAAUCAUCCCUCAAAAAAUAAGUCUACCCAUAAAGGAUAACAAUGAGAAAGCGUACAAGUGGACAGUUUCCAAGGAAGGCUCUAGAGAUAGUCACGGACUAAACAUCGUCCAUCUUCCCCAGGUGACUAGUUUGAAGGCAGCAGCACCCAUUUGGGUGUAUGAAUUCCUGUAUUUACUCUGCUGUAAGUAUAAAAUGUGUAUAAAGUCAAAACUACUAACAUUUUUUUUCACAACACAUUUAAAUAGAAAUUGGCUUUUUAAAUACUGUGGCUAAAAGCACAUCUCACCAAGUAACACUUAGACAAUUGAACAACGUUCGGCUCCAUGUCCUGGAGAUACCACCCUACACAAUUGUAGUUCAGACGCUCCAACAUAGGGUGCAUGCCACUCAGUUGUAACUCUAGUAACGUGUCUUGUACAGUUGACAAAUAAUAAUACUUCACUUUUAUGCAGGUUAAGACAUUUACCUUACCUCUACCACUCAGGGUGGGUUUAGAAGGAUAGUUCUAGGUCUGUUCUUGUUGGAAUUGUCCGAACACUUUCUGUGUAAACAUCUGAACCAAGUGAUGACCUUCUGGAAGCUGCAUUCACUCAUUCCCACUGUUCAGUGUAAGCCCAGUCUCCCCACUUGAUCUAAAAGAACGCUAGAAGGCCCUGUCCCGAGUGGAGCACUGAGAGGGUGCUUCCGGAUUGGCUUCCGGAUUGUCAAAGGGGGCCCAUCUUCCAACUGCUAGUGACAUCUAUAUAGUCAUUGCCACCAUUGCUUGAAAUCUAGCCCAGCCCGGAAGCAGAGAGAGCUAGAUCACACCUGGAUCACAGCUCCCGCUUCCCCACACACCCGUGUCCCCCUGGAUUUCCCAGACCGGCCAUGGGCCCUGUGAGCCUUGGUCAUGGGUCUAGGCCACACUCAUUCCAGCUGUCUGCAAGUCCUGCUGCUGGACGGAACAUGGGACACAGAGCCAGUUCCUGGUUCUGGCUCUCCCCUUAAAGAGCUGACAACCUUGCACAAUCUAGGAGGCUCUGCCUCCCAUUUUUCCUCUUCUAAUAGGGCAGAUGGCUGUUUACCUCUUAAGGGUGCUUUGAGCUUGAAGUGAGUUGAUCGAUGAGACUGUGCACCAUGCGGGAGGUAGUAGAAGAAUACCUCCCACAUCUGGUUUUGUAAGUUUCUCAUCAUCCCUCUUCUGAGGGAGUCAAGGGCCAUGAGUUCUUGGCAUCAGCACAGUAAACAGUGGUAGGGAGGCCUGAAAAAA